AUGAUGCCGAGGUCGUCGUCUGCCACUCGGGCUCAGUCGGAGGCGGCGGGCACGCAGCCCAGCCAGGCCCAGCGGAGCACGCAGGAGAAGGCGCCUGCGGACCGCUGGCGAUCGCCGCCGAGAAGAGUGAAGGUGGGGGGUCAGUGGCUGCCGAAGCCCCCGCAGCCGGCGAAGAUCAGGAUCCCGUGGCGCCGUGUGGAGUCGUCCGCGCCUGCUGCGGACAAUGUGAAGAGCGCCAAGGUGUUCGAGAAGAAGGCGAAGAAGAGGAAGCAGAAGGACCAGUCUGCUCGGAACCCCUUCGCGAAUCUCAAGGGUCACAUCGACGGGUCCCAGAAGUGGAAGCUAAAGGAUUGCCAACUACAGAAGUGGAAGUGCGAGGACUGCGCCAAGAGGUUGAAGAAGAAGGUGGUGCUCUUUGGCUUCAGGGUGCAGUGCCCCUUCUGCCGCAGGCUGCCGCCGUCCCCCAUCAGGGAGAAGCAGAUGGCGGCCAUCCGCAAGAUCAACAGGGAGGAGUUCGAGCGCCAGAGGGCUCUCAGGAAGCAACUGGCGUCGGCCACUGCUGCGAGCCCUUCGACAUGUCCAAAGGUGACGGUGCAGAGGGCUCGGAAGAAGAACGCGUUCCUCAAGAAGAUCAAGCAGAAGCGCAAGCACAUCCAGGGAAAGCAGGCCAUGGGGGUGAAGCCCAGCGUGCCACAGGCGGAGGGGGUGAUGGUGAAGAAGACGGAGAAGGACAGGCAGCUGGAGGACAUCGACGCGAUGGCCAGCCAGCAGCAGACGACCAAGGACAACUUGUCGGAGUUGAUCGAGUCGCUGCAGCCCGCCCUGCAUAAGGGCACGGAGGAGGCGCAAAGCAGCGUGAAGGCCCUCACCCAGCAAGCAGAGAAGACCCUGACCAACACGGCCCUCGCGGGCCAGAGCCUGAGGGACCGUGGGCCAAAUCUCAGGGAGACAGAGCUGGAGCUGCCUGCCGUCCCAGCUUUCCCGUCCCUCCAUGGGGCGGGGGACGACCUGGAAUUCUCAUUGGAGGACUUCCUGGCGGGCAAGAAGCUCCAGUACGCGCUCGAAGCGGCCAGCACGCCUGAUGCCCAGCGCAUUGCGAUGCUGGACAUUAAACCGUACGUGUUCAGGCUCUCGCUUGGCCAGGCGCCCCAGCAGUGGGGUGCCAGGCUGGCUUUGGCCUAG